CACCCUGCUGCUUCUAACACCUCCUCCUACACUCUCUCCCUCUCCCCCACAACAAUUCUCAGCUUCCUCUUCCUUCCCUAGCAUUGCUCUUGUUCAGCAGGUUAAUCGAAAGCCUGGACCACCACUAGUUCUUGUUCUUCUCGGCAGCUCUUGUAGGCGCUCAUUAUAUUAAUCCGGGUCUUAGUCAUAGCUUAAUCUAGCUAACCAGGCUCUGAAGAAGUCUGUCCUGAUAAUGAUCUUGGGCUCCUGCUACUGCAUCGAAUUCGUCAGCCCGCUGGGUCUCCACACCAGGAAGAGCUUCUAUUUCUGGAUCUUCCACAUCUUCAACAGAUACUUCCUCCUUGUUCAUUGACGCUAGCUAGCUCGUGCUUUCUCGCUCUACCACCUAUAAGUGUUCUUCUGCCUGAACUAUUUACCUGGCAGUAUCACAGCUAGUAGUACUGUUCCAUUCCAUCGGUAGCGUUGGCUUCUUCCUGAAUACAUAGCUUGCAAGUGUACAUUCAUAUUACUACAAUCUCGGCCACUAUAAUGGGCACCAUGACCUUGCCGCCCGGGUUCCGCUUCCACCCCACCGACGACGAGCUCGUCGGCUACUACCUCAAGCGCAAGGUCGACAACCUCAAGAUCGAGCUCGAGGUCAUCCCCGUCAUCGAUCUCUACAAGUCCGAGCCGUGGGAACUGCCAGAGAAGUCGUUCCUUCCGAAGCGCGACCUGGAGUGGUUCUUCUUCUGCCCGCGCGACCGCAAGUACCCCAACGGGUCGCGCACCAACCGCGCCACGGCCACGGGGUACUGGAAGGCCACCGGCAAGGACCGCCGCAUCGCCUGCGACGCCGGCGUCUACGGCCUCCGCAAGACGCUCGUCUUCUACCGCGGCCGCGCCCCCGGCGGCGAGCGCACCGACUGGGUCAUGCACGAGUACCGCCUCUGCCAGGACCUCGCGCACGGCGCCUGCAACUUCAUCGGGGCUUACGCGCUGUGUCGCGUGAUCAAAAGACACGAGGCCGGGCUGCUGCAGGGCGAGCCGGCAGCGAGGGCGAAAGGAGCCAGCAACGCGGCCGGCGGGAGAGCGCAGAUGAGCAAGGUCUCCAGCACCUCGUCCCUCGUCAGCAGCGAGCAGCUCAGCGCGUUCACGCCCACCAAUUCCAGCCCGCCUCCUACUCUGGACAUGAGCAGGGGAAUGUGCGCCACGGCUGAAUCCGGCAGCACGUUCCAGAGUCCACUCGCGUACGGCGGAGACGCGACGGCGACGGCCACCACCGGGCUGCCGUCGAGCCCGCUGCCCCCGCCCCUGUUCGUGCCCAGCGGCCGCUCGUCCCCGCCGCACGACACGUUCUUCAUCGGCGGCGACGACAUGGGGAUCGGCGCCGCGGAGCACGAGCUGAGAUGGGACAGCUUCGCCUACCCGAGCACGUUCUCGAAUGGUGCCGAGAUGUGGAACGCGACGGCGAGCCCGUUGCUGUGCCGGCAAGCGAGCGACGGCGGCGUCGACGACCUGGCGGCGCUCUUCUUCUCGGAGGACAACAGGAUCGUGUUCUGAUCUCGAGAGGAAUGACGAGGCAGCGAUGCUCCUGAAGGCGGCGUGUUUGGCUCUGGGAAAUAAGCUAGGCUUUUCGGUGACCGGCCUCUGCUUCCUGCUCCCAGAAAUGGCGGUAUAUUUUUCAGCCACGGUACGGGGAGCUAGCGUCUGUAUACGUAUACAUAUUAAUGAAUACGUGUUUAAUUUUAUACAGGAUAUCAUUUAUGCCUUUUAUAAGUUGGUAAAGAUACUAAGAUAAAAGGCAAGCUACUAUUGGGUAUUAUUGGCUACAGAGUGAUGGCACCAUUUUAGUACAGUCUUCUCCUCUGUAGCAGGGUCGUCUUGUGUACCGUCUCACCUUUUUUUUUUCUUCUGAUGUGUGUGUCCUCUUCUUAAUGAUCUAUGUACUCCUGUGCUUGUCCUGUACUGUGGACGGUCGAGCUGGUACACAAUGCAAUACCAAUAUAUUGCAGUGCUUUGUAGCCUUGUUAAAUUCAUGGCAAUGUCGAAUUACAAACCUUUGGCA